AUUGGGCAACACUAAAGAAUUUAAUAUUGUUCAUAUGUGCAUAAUAAUGUAUCGGUGAGUAUUCAAAGAAGAAUACUCACCGAUAUACAUUUGUAUCUAAAAUAUAUAUCCUUGCGUACAUUUGUUCUUAAGAACUUGACCAAUAUUAACUUAUUAAAUUUGUUUAUUAUAAUAAGUAUGUUUAAAGAAUGAUCUAGAAUUUUCCUAAGAUAUGAGACGAUUGAAUAGUUUUCUAAGAGAAUUAGUUUUAUAAAAUACAAUCGAUAUUGUAUUGUUUUUAUUGCGUCUUAUUUUAUUAUAUUGGACAAUAUAAAUUUAAUUGAAAGUUGGUGGUGAUGAGUGCAUAUCCCUGUUGACAAUGAUACAUAAAUAGUGAAUUUUCAGGAAUAUAUGUGAAUAUUUUCUGGAAAACUUUUAAACAUGUUAAACAUAGUUGAUCUUCCCGAUAUUGUGCUGGAAACUAUUUUAUCUAACCUUACUUAUGAUGAAAUUUCUAAAUACAGAAUUAUAUGUAAACGAUUUGAUCGAAUUUGUAGAAAACUACUUAAUCGUGGUUUUAAUCUUAUGGAAAAAUAUCAUGCACAAUGUCUACGUAAAGUUAAAAAUCAAUUACCACGAAGAGAAUCAGAACGAAGAAGUCAUCCUUUAGCACGUCAUUGUGACAUUUUAACAGCAAUAGAAACAAGAAUAUCAAUGUUAUCAAUGACUUUUAUCAAAUAUGUUGACUUAAACUUAUGUUGUUUCAUACCCGGAAAAGUAAUCGAUGAAAUUUUUCGUGUUCUACGUUUAAUUCGUGACUCGAAACAACCACCCAGGGCACAUGAAAUAUUACAAGAAUUACGUGAUAUUAGUAGUAUGGCUAUGGAACAUUUUGAUGAAAAAAUUUUACCAGAUUUAAAACAUAGUAUUUGUACAUCUGUUGUUAGUAAUGUGGGUUCUUACGAGCUUCCUGGUGGAAGCUUAAUGAUUUCACAUCAUACUGCAAGCUCGAAUAAUGCUUCAUUAUCACACAGUUAUAGUACGGAAAAACUCAAUCAAACAUUUAAGAAAAUUUACAGUCGUACCAAAAGAAAUAAAUUUUCUGUAAUGUAUGCUAAAUUUGAAAUAACUAAAAUGAAAUUGAGAAUGAAAAAACAAUUGGUACAAAUGCGAGUGCAAAAUUUAAAAUUGCAAAAACAAGCGAAGAAAAUUAAUGAUCAAGAUAUGCAAUUGGCAGAAAUGAAAAAACAUUUGGAAGAAUGGGAACAAAAAAUGGGCGAUUUAACUGCCGAAUUGAGUAGGGCAAGAGAAGAAACGCAAAAACCUGAUACAAUAGAUUCUUGCAAAAGAAAACAUAUUGAUAUCUGUAAUCAACGUGACUCAGAUUCAACAAAGGAAUUAGAAGCUAAAAAGCGUAAAUUAAUUGUAGAAAGAAAACCAUCGAAUGACGCAAAAGAUGUAAAAUUUAAAAAGUUUAUAUCAGAUCUUCUUGCAGGAAAUACGUUAGAAGGAUACCCAUCUACUUCGUAUUAAAACAUUUUUGUUUUUUUGUUGUUGUAGAUAGUCAGGUCUUGUUCGAAGGCAUAUUUUAAUGCAAUAUUGUUACCUUUAUACUGUGCAUUUGAAAUUAUUAUUUAAUUAAUAUAAUUUAUGAAUUAUAUUUAUACAUAUUUACAUAUUUAAAUUAUACAAAUUUGUUGACAAAAGUAGAUAGAGUACAGUAUUUCAUAAAUUUAAUCAUAUAUCAGAGAUAUUCAAAUACCGAGUAUUAGUAAAAAGAAAAGAAAAGAUUUACUCCUUCUAUACUACAUUCCUGGCAUAGAAUUAAUAUUGUUAUAGAUCAGAUCAAUAAUAAUCAUAUUCAUUUUUUUUUUUUUGGUUUUAAAGUAAAA